UCCUCUGCAAAAGUGUUACAAACCUGAUCUGUCCAUAUCCAAAGUUUAAUAACCGACCAAACCAAAAGCAGCACAAAGCUGAAAGCUCAAUAGCUCUUCUCUCUCUCUCUCCAUGGACUUGCAGUUGAAGCAAUGGAGUAACCGGCAUGAGUCAGAACAAGAACAUUAUUCCCCAAACAUGCCAAAAUUUCUCCCUCAACACCACCCACCACCAUCUCCCUCUGCACUCCCUCUCUUUGUACCUGAACAACCCAACACCAAAGUCUGCACCCUGUCAGCAUUUUCUGAUUCCACACUACCUUCUGCUCCCAGAUUUUCCAGGAUGGAGAGUUGCUUCAGCUUUGCACAGUGGCAAGAGCUUGAGUUGCAGGCUCUGAUAUUCAGGUACAUGCUGGCCGGUGCUCCUGUUCCUCCUGAGCUCCUUCUACCAAUCAAGAAAAGCUUCCUUCAACUUUAUAACCCUCCUUUGUUGGAAUCAGGGUACUACUGGGGAAGAGCAGCGCUGGAUCCGGAGCCGGGGCGGUGCCGGAGGACCGACGGCAAGAAGUGGCGGUGCUCGAAGGACGCGGUGGCGGGUCAGAAGUACUGCGACCGCCACAUGCAUCGUGGCCGAAACCGUUCAAGAAAGCCUGUGGAACAACGUGAUGGAUCUCUUUCUGCUAUAGCCUCCGUUUCUUCUUCACCCUCUGCUUCAUUUAAUCUCCUUCACCUCAGUGAAAGUUCCUCUGGGGCCAAGAGUGACAACAAGAGCUUCUUUGAAAACCAUGAUCAUGUGGAUGGGGAUGGAAAUUCAGCCAAAUCUGAUGGCCAUGUCUUGAGGCAUUUCUUUGAUGAUUGGCCAAGGACACUGCAAGAGCCUGACAAUGGUGAAAGCAAUGGUUGCCAGAACAACAACUCAGGAACAUGUCUUUCUAUGUCAACACCAGGAAUCACUUCCUCGGAUGUGUCGUUGAAAUUGUCCACUGGCCAUGGAGAGGAUGCGUGCCACGCGGCCUCAAUGGGAGGACCACUUGCAGAGGCAUUGAGAUCAUCCACCACCAGCUCCACUUCUUCACCAACCAGUGUUCUGCUUCAGUUGCCUCCUAGUUCUGCUUCUGAGGCUAGUUUCAUUAGCACCUAAGAGUUGGUGGAGUUUGUGAGGUUUUUUGGGUUUACUUUUGAGAAUUCUUGGACAUGUAUGUUGCAAGUAGAGAGACAGUUCCAACAUCAGCAUGAUUAGUGAGUUUAGAUAACAUAUUAGAAUCAAUUCUAUCUCGCAAAAUCAUGGUGAUACUAUGAAAAAAUAUAAGCAACUAUUUAUUGCAUUGUCUUUACUAUUCAUCCCAAAGUGGGAAUUGUUAUUUCCACUCUCACUUUCUGCCACCAAUACACUCCCCUUUGAUUGGUUUUAUUCAAAAAUACCACUGACAAAUACACUUCCCAUCUGUCA